AUGAGUGAAUUGAGGCAGCGUCGAGCUGACGGAGACGGUAACGAAAAAGUGGAAACUGCUGGAGAAUCUGAUCAUGUGGAUUCCGAAGAGGAGAAGGUUUUAGAAGAAAAGUAUGUGGAUGAACUAGCGAAAUCAUUGCCUCAAGGAACUGAUAAAACUCCUGAGAUUCUGGAUUCGGCGCUCUCUGGAUUAUCUUCACGAUGGAGGAACUGGGUAAUACGAGGAAUCUUUACCUGGCUGAUGAUUGGGGGAUUCUGUUUACUCAUUUAUGGUGGACCUUUGGCUCUGAUGAUAACAGUACUAUGUGUGCAAGUGAAAUGUUUUGAAGAAAUCAUCAAUAUUGGAUAUGCUGUGUACAGAGUGCAUGGCCUGCCAUGGUUCCGCUCCCUCUCUUGGUACUUCUUACUUACAUCCAACUACUUCCUUUAUGGGGAGAACUUGAUUGAUUAUUUCGGUGUUGUGAUUAAUAGAACGGAUUAUCUCCGUUUCCUGGUCACCUACCACCGUUUCAUAUCGUUCAGUUUGUACUGCGUUGGAUUUGUCUGGUUCGUCCUGUCGUUGGUGAAGCGGUAUUAUAUGCGCCAAUUCAGCCUCUUCGCCUGGACCCACGUCGCUCUGCUCAUCGUGGUGACUCAGAGUUACCUGAUCAUCCAAAAUAUAUUUGAAGGUCUUAUCUGGUUCAUAGUACCAGUUUCUAUGAUUAUCUGCAACGAUGUGAUGGCCUACGUGUUCGGUUUCUUCUUUGGCAAGACUCCUCUGAUCAAACUAAGCCCUAAGAAAACGUGGGAAGGCUUCAUAGGUGGAGGAGUCUCUACUGUUGUUUUUGGACUAGUGUUGGCCUACAUGAUGUCGCAAUAUCCGUAUCUAGUAUGUCCAAUCGAGUACUCGGAGUCGUUAGGCCGCAUGACCAUGGACUGCGAGCCGUCGUCACUGUUCCGUCUGCAAGAAUAUACCCCGCCGCAAUUCUUACAGCCAGUCAUGAAAGUUUUUGGUCGUGACAAAAUGACCAUGUACCCAUUCAUGAUCCACUCGUUGGCGCUCAGCAUCUUUAGCUCGGUCAUCGGACCGUUUGGAGGUUUCUUUGCUUCUGGGUUCAAACGUGCUUUCAAAAUUAAGGACUUUGGUGACGUGAUUCCGGGUCAUGGCGGCAUCAUGGAUCGCUUCGACUGCCAGUUCCUGAUGGCCACCUUCGUCAACGUCUACAUCACCAGCUUCAUACGCACCGCCACGCCCCAGAAACUGCUGCAACAGGUGUACAAUUUGAAGCCAGAACAACAAUUGCAACUGUUCUACGCCCUGAAAGAGUCGCUCGAGAAUAGAAACAUUCUCAACAUGGUACCU